UGUCAUUUCACCAUAAUCAUCGAGUGUGUUCCAUGAGAUUUCAGCAUGAAGAAUGUCACUGAAGUAACUGUAUUUGUGUUGAAGGGCUUCACUGACAAUUCUGAACUGCAGAUCUUCUUCUUCCUCCUGUUUCUAGCAAUUUACCUUUUCACCCUCAUGGGAAAUUUAGGACUGAUUGUACUGGUCAUUGGGAGUUCCCUGCUGCACAACCCAAUGUACUAUUUUGUGAGUGUAUUGUCUUUAAUAGAUGCCUGCUAUUCGUCUGGUAUCACUCCAAAUAUGUUGGUAGACUUUUUGUCAAGGGAGAAAACCAUUUCAUUUGGUGCCUGUGCAGCCCAGAUGUUUUUUGCUGUAACCUGUGGAACCACAGAGUGCUUUCUCUUGGCUGCCAUGGCUUAUGAUCGCUAUGUGGCCAUCUACAACCCACUUCUGUAUUCUGUGAGCAUGUCACCCAGGGUCUAUGUGUCACUCAUCGUGGCUUCCUGUGUUGGUGGAAUUCUGCACGCUGUAACACACACCACAGCCACUUUCAGCCUGUCCUUCUGCGGAUCCAACAUAAUCAACCACAUCUUCUGUGACAUCCCUCCUCUCCUUGCAAUUUCCUGUUCUGACACCCGCCCCAAUCAGCUUCUGCUCUUCUACUUUGCUGGCUCUAUUGUGAUAUGUACUAUCCUAACCAUCCUGAUCUCCUAUGGUUUCAUUCUGUUGGCUAUUGUGAGGAUACACUCUGCUGAAGGGAAGCGGAAAGUCUUUUCUACCUGUGGCUCUCACCUAACUGCAGUGUCUAUUUCUUAUGGCACUGCAGUAUUCAUGUAUGUGAGACCAACAUCCCACUAUGCUUUGGAGCAUGACAUGGUAGUGUCUAUAUUUUACUCCAUUGUUAUUCCCAUGCUGAAUCCUCUCAUCUACAGUUUGAGAAACAAGGAUGUAAAAGAAGCAAUGUGGAGUGUUUGGGAAAAAAAUGUUUAUCAUUAA